AUGUCCUUCGCCGCACCGACUUCAACUCUCUUCUCACGACUCCUGCGUCCCUUCUCCACGAGCUCUCCAGUCCUCUCCCUCGGCCCGGAUUCUCAAGCGCGAAACAUGUCCACCGAAAAAGCCACCGUCGCCGCAGGCUGCUUCUGGGGCGUUGAGCACCUGUUCCGCAAGACCUUUGGCAAUGGCAAGGGUCUGCUCGAUGCCAAAGUCGGCUACUGUGGUGGCAAUACCUCCUCACCUUCCUACCGCGCCGUAUGUGGUGGUGACACCGGCCAUGCCGAGGCUCUCCAGAUGACUUUUGAUCCUUCUGUUGUGAGCUACCGCCAGCUCCUUGAGUUCUUUUACCGUAUGCACGAUGCUUCUACGCUGAACCGUCAGGGUGGGGAUGUCGGUACCCAGUACCGUAGUGUGAUUUUCACCCACGGUGAGGAGCAGCAGAAGAUUGCGGAAGAUAUUACGGAUAAGGUCAGCAAGGAAUGGUACAAGAAACCUGUAUCCACUCAAGUCGUGCCUGCUGGUCAGUGGUGGGACGCCGAGGAUUACCACCAGCUUUAUCUGCACAAGAACCCGACGGGCUAUGAGUGCCCUGCUCACUUCGUGCGCAACUUCCCUCCUCUUUCAGAUUGA